GCCGCCAGGGUGGCCUUUCGGAAAGCGAGGGAACAGUGCGCGUUGCGCUCCGCCCAGCUCCGUUCCGCUCCGCAGAGCCGGAGGGACCAGGGAGCAGGGAGGGCGGCACUCGGCUCCGGCUCCCUCAGCCCCACGCGCUCCCUCCGCCGCGGGGCCUGGGUCCCCGGGCAGCUCCCCAGAGGGCUGAGCGCACCGCGGGCGAGAGCUGAGCCGCGACCCGCGGCGAGGGUGGGAGCGAGGAGCGAGCAGAGUCUCGUGCACGGGCGCGCGGCUCCGGUCCCCUCCCAGCCCCGGCCGGUGCCCGUCGUCGCCAGACCGGGCUGCCAGUGGGAGGGGCUGUGCGCCCGCGACCCGCCGGGGACCGCAGCUGUUCAGCAGGAGUGCUCCGGCCGGGUCCGCGCGACGGUACACUCGGGACAGAUACAUAUUUUCGCACAUUGCACAUCCUGUUCCGAUUUUAAGAUGUGACUGUUAACGACGUCUUAAAGUGGCUGGUGGUCAGGAGGCAGUGGCGACUUCAUUGGGUGAAAAACCUUCCACUGACCCUUUCAGGUCCCGGAUGAGAAGGCGCUGAGGACCGCCACGUCCCACCUUCUCUGUGUGCUGGGAGCAGGGCCCUGUGGCCUCAGUGGCACCAAUGCCAAAGAACAGCAAGGUGACCCAGCGUGAGCACAGCAGCGAGCAUGUCACGGAGUCGGUGGCUGACCUGCUGGCCCUGGAGGAGCCUGUGGACUACAAGCAGAGCGUCCUGAAUGUGGCCGGUGGGGCCGGCGGUAAGCCAGGGGCCGCGGAGGAGGAGCUGGACGCAGAGGACCGGCCAGCCUGGAACAGCAAGCUGCAGUACAUCCUGGCCCAGAUCGGCUUCUCCGUGGGCCUCGGCAACAUCUGGAGGUUCCCCUACCUGUGCCAGAAAAAUGGAGGCGGGGCCUACCUGGUGCCCUACUUGGUGCUGCUGCUCAUCAUCGGGAUCCCGCUCUUCUUCCUGGAGCUGGCCGUGGGGCAGAGGAUUCGCCGCGGCAGCAUCGGCGUGUGGCACUACGUGUGUCCCCGCCUGGGGGGCAUCGGCUUCUCCAGCUGCAUAGUCUGCCUCUUCGUUGGGCUCUAUUACAAUGUGAUCAUUGGGUGGAGCAUUUUCUACUUCUUCAAGUCCUUCCAGUACCCACUGCCCUGGAGUGAAUGUCCUGUCAUCAGGAAUGGGACCGUGGCAGUGGUGGAGGCAGAGUGUGAAAAGAGCUCAGCCACUACCUACUUCUGGUACCGAGAGGCCCUGGACAUCUCCAACUCUAUCUCAGAGAGUGGAGGUCUCAACUGGAAGAUGACCCUGUGCCUCCUAGUGGCCUGGACUAUUGUGGGCAUGGCUGUUGUCAAGGGAAUCCAGUCCUCAGGGAAGGUGAUGUAUUUCAGCUCCCUCUUCCCCUACGUGGUGCUGGCCUGCUUCCUGGUCCGGGGGCUGCUGCUUCGAGGAGCCGUCGAUGGCAUCCUGCACAUGUUCACGCCCAAGCUGGACAAGAUGCUGGACCCACAGGUGUGGCGGGAGGCAGCCACGCAGGUCUUCUUCGCCCUGGGGCUGGGCUUUGGGGGCGUCAUCGCCUUCUCCAGCUACAACAAGCAGGACAACAACUGCCACUUCGACGCUGCCCUGGUGUCCUUCAUCAACUUCUUUACCUCGGUGCUGGCCACGCUCGUAGUGUUCGCCGUGCUGGGCUUCAAGGCCAACAUUAUGAAUGAGAAGUGUGUGGUCGAGAAUGCCGAGAAAAUCUUGGGGUACCUCCACAGCAACGUCCUGAGCCGGGACCUCAUCCCUCCCCACGUCAACUUCUCCCACCUGACCACCAAGGACUACACGGAGAUGUACAAGGUCAUCAUGACCGUGAAGGAGGACCAUUUCUCAGCCCUGGGCCUUGAUCCCUGCCUGCUGGAGGACGAGCUAAACAAGUCCGUGCAAGGCACAGGCCUGGCCUUCAUCGCUUUCACUGAGGCCAUGACGCACUUCCCUGCCUCCCCGUUCUGGUCCGUCAUGUUCUUCCUGAUGCUCAUCAACCUGGGCCUGGGCAGUAUGAUCGGGACCAUGGCGGGCAUCACCACGCCCAUCAUCGACACCUUUAAGGUGCCCAAGGAGAUGUUCACAGUGGGCUGCUGUGUCUUUGCAUUCUUCGUGGGGAUGUUGUUCGUCCAGCGCUCCGGAAACUACUUUGUCACCAUGUUUGAUGACUACUCGGCCACCCUGCCACUCACUGUCAUCGUUAUCCUUGAGAAUAUCGCUGUGGCCUGGAUCUAUGGAACCAAGAAGUUCAUGCAGGAGCUGACGGAGAUGCUGGGCUUCCGGCCCUACCGCUUCUAUUUCUACAUGUGGAAGUUUGUCUCUCCGCUGUGCAUGGCUGUGCUCACCACGGCCAGUAUCAUACAGCUGGGGGUCACGCCCCCCGGCUACAGCGCCUGGAUCAAAGAGGAGGCUGCUGAGCGCUACCUGUAUUUCCCUAACUGGGCCAUGGCCCUCCUGGUCACCCUCAUCGUCGUGGCAACCCUGCCCAUCCCCGUGGUGUUCAUCCUGCGGCACUUCCACCUGCUCUCUGAUGGCUCCAACACUCUCUCCGUGUCCUAUAAGAAGGGCCGCAUGAUGAAGGACAUCUCCAACCUGGAGGAGAACGACGAGACCCGCUUCAUCCUCAGCAAGGUGCCCAGCGAGGCACCCUCCCCCAUGCCCACUCACCGCUCCUACUUGGGGCCCGGCGGCACGUCACCCCUGGAGCCCAGCAACAACCCCAAUGGACGCUAUGGGAGCGGCUACCUCCUGGCCAGCACCCCUGAGUCAGAGCUGUGACCACUGCUCCCAGCCUGCCCGCCUCUCCCCAUGACACCCAGCCAGCUCCCCUGUUCCAGCCUGGCCUCUCCUCCCAGGCCAGGCCCUCUGUCCAAGAAGAGGGGGUGUCUGCCCUGCCUCAUCCCUCACUCCAGUCCCAGCCAACUUCUGCUCCCUACCCCGGCGUGGGGACUGGGACAAGCUCUGUCCCCCAGUCCAGGCCACCAACCCCUCUACCCUCUGAGGUCCUCUCACCAAAUUGCAGCCAAAUAACUGGUAUAAUCCAGAAGUUCUGAUUCACAGCACAGAGGAGACUCGCAGUGGCCACCUUAGGGGUCAUUCCACCCUCCCUGUCUCCCUGUAACCUGCCGCUGGCAGUUCUUUAGGUCUCAGAGUCCUUCUGUGCUGCCCGAUGGUGGUGGUGGUGGUGGAGGUGGUCGUGAGAGGCACCAGGGUGGGGUGGGGUGUCCCAGAGGCUGCCUGAAUGGGGCAGAGGUGCCAGAACUCAGGGCUCAGACUUGGGGUGGAGUUUUGUUGUGUGAGGCAGAUGGUGCCCUGGCAGCAAGGGUGAGAGGGCUCCCUUGCCCCCACCUCUAGGUGGGGUCCCCACUGUCCUUGGCCCUGCCUGGGUGGGUGGGGUGUGCUCCUGCAUUCUGCCUGGGAGGGCCAUGACUGGGCCCAAACCCUUCCCACCUCCGUUAGAGCUUAGCUGUCACCCUGUCCCCCCUCCAUCCUGGAGCCCAGAGUGGUGGCAUCUGUCUUUUCCGUGAGAGUUUUCCAGAGCACACUUGGUGGUCCACAGCACAAUUGGAUGGUUUGGAGCACAACUGCGAAGCACACCCCGUCUUCUCUCACCUGGGGCUCAACUUUCUCAUUAGUGGCAGCUUCUCCCCUGGAAUUGGGGUCCCUGGAGUUCAGGGGCUCACAUACAAGAAGCCUCACACCUGGGAAAAGAUUAUCAUUUCACUACCCCUUUCGGCUGCCACUCACCCUGUUGUGUAAGCACAGCUACCUGGUGUGCACAUUAUGUACGGACACCUUGGAACCCUUUCCCAAGCGGCCUGGCCCAUGGCAGGGAGGCCACAGCCAGUGCUGUGGGUGCUGGAGGUGGCAGGAUGGCAUCGGAUGCAGGCUGGGAGGCCUAGAACCUGACUGACGAGCAAAUGUGUGAGGAACGGAUGUGCCGAUGGAAGGAUGGAUGGAUGGAUGGCAGAAAGGAGGGAGGGAGGGAAGGAAGGAAGGAAGGAAGGAAGGAAGGAAGGAAGGAAGGAAGGAAGGAAGGAAGGAAGGAAGGAGGGAAGGAGGGAAGGAGGGAAGGAGGGAAGGAGGGAAGGAAGGAAGGAAGGAAGGAAGGAAGGCUGGUAAAUCAAACCGCCGUCUUUGAGAGCUGUGGUUGGCUGGGCGGGACCAGGCCACAUUGCUAGGCCUAUGCACCUUCACGGAGGACCCCGAGCCACUCCCGUGACUGACCGUUUCAGCACUGGACAGGAAAGACUAGGCCCAGGGCUCCCUCCUUCCCCCCUUAGUCCCUUGGUCCCCACCUCCUUGCCUGGGGAGCGACCCCCCACCCCUCCAUCUCCCUGACUCACCCCUCCUUCACACCUCCCAUUUCUCGCCCUCUCAGCCCUACUUGCCCUUCGUAAGUAUGAGGGGAGAGGGAGACCCACGUCUCCCAAAAAACAUGAGCUUUUGAGCACAAUAUCCCGCCUUAGGCCCCCUCACCUGACAAGACCUCCUACCUUGGACCCAUGCCUAGUCCCAGCCGAUUUAGCAACAGGAAGAGCAAGGUCCCAGGAGAGGGGCUCUACUAUAUAUACUCUUCUAUAUAUUCUAUUUCUAUUGUAUAUUCAAUCUGUACAUGUGGGUGUAAAUGCUGUUAAAUGACAAACCCAAUAUUAUACCGUGGCUGGUGGACUAUUUUCAUCCUCAGUGCUGUACAGAUCUAUUUUCAUUGUAUAUUUGAUAUAUUUUUAAUUUUGUAGCUUGUGGCUGGGCCAGGCCCCAGCCCGACAGCCUGCAGUGGGGCUGAGCGGUGCCGUCUGCUCGGUCCCCGUGGGCUGGGGAGUACGCCUUGCCUUUUGCUGUAGGCCGGUCCCCGGCCUGGCUGUGUCUGCUGUGUUAGUCAUGGGGCUCAGAGCUUGUGUGUGUGUGUGUGUGUGUGUGUGGCGUGUGUACAUACGUGGAGGUGAGUGUGUAGGGUGCCGAUUUGUGUUGCCCAGUGUUCAUCUCGCUGCCCCUCCGCCCCCGUCAGCCUCCCCCUCCUCCUCUCAGCUCUGUCAGGCCAGGCCUCCGGGCAGGGUCCUGCGGGAAGCCCCCUGUUGUGGGGAAAAGGCAGGCUUUUCUUGCUGGUGGCUCACUGACCUCCCAUCACUGGGUUUGCCAGCGACAGGGAAGGAGGGGCCUCGGAGAGGAAAAGCUCCCCACCCCAAUUUAUUUUCCAGCCAGCUUCUUGCUGUGCCCACUAGUCACACCCUCUCUGUCCUGAGGAAAGUACGGGUUUCUUAAGAUGGUGAGACCCCAAGAAGCGCCUCUCUCCUGCGUUUGUCCUUGAGACAGUCCUGAAGUGUUCAGAAGGGAACAGCUGCCCCUCUGUAUUUCUGACACACACCUCUGCUCGCUCCACAGGGGAGCUUGGUAGCUGGAAGUGGGGUGAGGCCAGGGGGCUGAAGAGCAGGUGGGGAUCUGACCAGGUAAGAUGGAGCGAGCUUCCCUGAUUCCCUGGAGGAAGAGGAGGUGGCCCCUUGUCCCUGCACAGGGUCCUCCCACCACUGGCUUUGGUGCUGUCCAUGCAGUGCCCACAGGACUCCAGGGCGGGGCAGGGGCAUGCCUGCACGAGCCCCCCGGCCCCUGCCCCCCAGCCCAAUCACCAGCUUCUUGCUCAGGGAGCCGUCUCCGCUUAGGCCACAUGAAGCCCGAGGGGGUGGAUAGAUAGGUGGGGCACACAAGUUGAUGCCAGUGAAGUUGGCUUUGCCCUCCAGCAAUAAAUCUGUGAGACUGUUGCUUUCCUAUUGUCAGGAGAAGCCCUCCUGAGUCAGCCUGCCACAGGCCCCAAGCAGGCCUGCAGUGUUACAUACCGGCAGGGGUUGCCCUUCUGCCCAUCCUCACAGCUGCAACCCGUCCCCCACGGUCCCCCAGAGUGUCUCGUGGUGGAAAAGAGAAGAGACUUGAACGGGUUGGAAUACACCUGACUGACUCCCUGAGUGUCCACCAGGCCCUGAAACGGGCCCUACUGCCCCUUCGCGGGGGCCGAGGAGGAGGGCCCAGGGUCCCUUGUCAUCCCUCGCACUGCUUUGUACAGACCCGAGCACACACAGCAAGCAUCACUUUAGGUUCUGGCGCGAGCCC